AUGCCGGGUGUCGUCGAACUCCCCGUUGGUGCCGCGGCACGCCCGUUGGAUUUGGGAUUUAGCGUGGGCCAUCAGAAAGUCGAACUUGAAAUUGAUCUAGCCACCAAAAGCCUCAAAGGAAGCACGGAAAUAACACUUCACCCUCGCCGGAGAGAUCUGGGGAUAAUCUGGUUGAAUUUUCGACAAGGCGAGAUUAAGCGCUUGAGCGUCAAUGGCAGGGCUGCAUCGACUAAAUACACUGAUCACUAUGAACCCACCUUGCCCAUCACGAUUCCAAAGGGCGUCCGCAUCGACGAACUAGAUCCAUCUUCGGCCGAAGCACAGGAUCAAAUCGCGCUACAAUCUAGUGUUGACAAUGUUGACGGCCCUGCGAGUGCUAGAGCACCAGAGGCGAACCUCCCGCGAUUCACGGCUCUGACAGUAAAUAUUGAAUUUGUCAUCGAAAACAUUCGGGAUGGUUUACAAUUUGUUGGAGUCGAAAAUGGAGAUCGGCGGUAUCCUCAUGCCUACACAACAAACUCGCUGGAGUCUGGUAUAGGCUGUCCCCUGUUUCCCUGCGUGGAUGAUAUGUCCUCGCGGUGUACGUGGGAGGUUUCCAUAACUUGCCCCAGCUCUCUUGGUGAUGUCUUCGAUCGCAAGUCUCGCGAUGUAUCUGGUGCAACAACACCGUCGCGCCCCAAAGCGCAGACCCGCCAAUUGUCUGCGGAUGAUGAGGGCCUUGACAUGUCCGUUGUGUGUUCUGGUGACCUCACCGAUGACAUUGUUGACCCCAAAGACCCAACCCGAAAAACAGUCUCCUUUGCGUCAUAUUCGCCAUUGAGCGCCCUACAAAUUGGGUUUGCUAUUGGCCCAUUUGAAUAUGUCAAUCUGGCCGACUUCCGCGAGAGUGACCAGGACGAACAAUUGGGCCAAAAUGCCAUUCCUUUGCACGCAUUCUGUCUCCCCGGUCGAGCCGAUGAAGUGCAAAAUGCUAGCUUUCCCAUGGCUCAGGCGAUUGAUUUCUUCUCUUUAUCUUACGGGUCGUAUCCAUUCGGCAGUUACAAGAUGUGUUUUGUCGAUGAUCUCCCAACAGACAGCCUUCCCACUGCGUGCAUGUCCAUAUGCAGCAGUCACCUUCUCUUUCCAGCAGAGAUGAUCGACCCUAUGUAUGACUCCACCCGGGCCCAGGUGCACGGUCUGGCAUGUCAAUGGACCGGCAUCAACAUUAUCCCUAGCGAGCCUGCCGAUACGUGGGUGACAGUCGGUGUGGCAUGGUACAUCACAGAUACAUUCAUGAGAAAGCUUUGCGGCAACAACGAAUACCGUUUCAGGCUCAAGCAGAUGUCUGAUCGGGUCUGCGAAUUAGAUUUUGAACGUCCUUCUAUAUAUGACAUGGGUAACAUUCUCAAAGUUGACCCUUCCGAAUAUCGUUUUGUUGCACUGAAAGCGCCUUUGGUCCUGUUCAUCCUUGACCGGCGAUUGACUAAGGCCAGUGGCAAGGCCACAAUGUCUCGCAUUAUCUCUCGACUUUUCCUGAACUCUCGCAUGGGUGAUAUACCCAAUGGAGCUGUGACCUCGUCUCUGUUCCAAAAAACUUGCGAGCGAUUAGGUCACGCGAAAUUGGACGUUUUUUUCCAGCAAUGGGUCUAUGGCGCUGGCUGUCCUCGAUUCCAAGCGACCCAGAGAUUCAACAAAAAGAAACUCGUCGUUGAAAUGAUGAUCAGACAGGUACAAUCUGAGCCUCAAGUUCCUCGCGAUCUGGACAAGGAUUCCUUUUUGCGCGAUGUGAAGGAAGAGGUCCGGCAUGUCUACGCUGGCGCAGUUCAGCCGGUCUUUACAGGGUCGAUGACCCUUCGGAUUCACGAAGCAGACGGAACCCCUUAUGAACACAUCGUCGAAAUCAAGGAAGGUGUCACGAAGUUUGACAUCCCAUACAAUACAAAGUAUAAGCGACUCAAACGCAACAAAAAGCAAAGAGAAAGAGCAGUCGCCUCUGGUGAUGCCGAAGUCCAAGAAGAGGUGCUCCUGUACUGCUUGGGAGAUGUGCUUCAGACCGAAGAAGAGACACAGGCUUGGCGCUUAGCUGACUGGACGAAAGAGGAUGAGGAGAGGAUGGGACAGGAAUCAUACGAGUGGAUCCGAAUGGAUGCUGAUUUUGAAUGGAUCUGCAAACUGUCUCUCGGCAUGCCAGGUUAUAUGUACCUCUCACAGCUUCAACAAGAUAGAGAUGUUGUGGCCCAGCUUGAGUCAUUGCAAUACAUGGCUGCUCAACGAGAACAUCCUUUGAUUUCCACCAUCUUUGUUCGCACACUCAUGGACAGCCGAUAUUUCCAUGGUAUACGUACCACCGCUGCACGUGCUUUGGUGAAACAUGCCAAGGAUGAGGUUGACUGGGUCGGACUGUUUCACCUGGAGAAGGCGUUCCAGGAGCUUUUCUGUUUGCCGGGAUCACCCAUGACUCGAUCGAACGACUUCUCCGACCGGGCCGCCUACAUCCUCCAACAAGUUAUCCCCGAUGCAAUCUCUAAAGUUCGUGACAACAGUGGCAAAACUCCUCUGAGAGUCAAACGCUUCCUUUUCGACAAAUUGAAGUUCAAUGACAACUCAAACAACGAGUACUCGGACAACUUCUAUGUGGCCUCUCUGAUGAAAUCGUUAUGCCAUGCAAUGCUUGGUAAGACCGAAUCACGCACCGAUGAGGAACUAGACCAUUUUGAUAUGGAACGUGUGCUUGAGGCUCAGGCAGAGGAACAACUAGACAAAGACGCCAUCGCCGAGUUUGACCGCUACCGACGAAUGGAUGAAUGGUCUAGCUCAUUCCAGAACCUCUACUCUAGGGCUGCGCUUCAUUGCCAGGCGCAAUUGAUGCAGGCCAGGAUCCUGGAUAUGGAUUUGAUGCGUUUCGUCCCGUACACACGAGCGGGAACUUAUGAUCUCCUCCGGAUGCAAGCUUUCCAGUGCUUGGUUGACCUGGAUAUUUCCCAGAGCCCGGAACUUCUUCGGUGGCUCAUGUUCACAUUAUCGGCCGAUUCAUCGGCUUGGAUACGGCAUCAGUCGCUGCGUCUGCUCGGUCAGGCCCUAGCCCAAAUCGCCUUCGGUCGGCCACAACAGGCCGAAGCCUCGCUAAAUGAUGGUUUGAUCAUUGAACAAGAAUCUUCCACGCAGAUUCGCCGGGAUGAUAUUGCACGCCGCCAAACUAUUCCCGGUGCCAUUGAAGCUCUCAGGCGGGAGCUUGCCAGCGAUGUAUCUAUGAAGGAGUGCAUGUGGGCAGCAUGCAAUUCCCCCUGCAUGGGACUUUUAGAACUCUCCGAGCUCACAGACCUUUGCCGCACGCUUUAUGAUCCAAUUACGUCCAAGCUUGUGCGCAUGAAGCUCCCUCGGUACUGGAAUGUCCAGAACCAGGGCCAUGGCAAAUUACGUUUCUUCCGAUCCACGAAAACACGCAUGGGCCCGUCUUCCAAGCGCAAGCGGGAAGAUCAAGCGAUGCAUCCUCCUUCAUCUACUCGCAUUACGUUCAAGCAGUCCAAGACUGGCCCAAGCCCGGGCACCCCAUCUUCUACCCCUCUUCACAAACUCCACAUUCCCAGGCCGUCACCUGUGCAAAGCGCAUCACCUAGAGCUCCAGCCACAUCUACACCCAAACUCAAGAUCAAGUUUGGUGGUCGACCAACAUGA